UUAAGUAGAUCUAAACUACUAUUAGGAAAACAGAAAUAUUUUGAAAGGAAUUUUCUAACAUCAGUAGACUUUAUAUUGAAGGGGCGACUGUUGAUUUAAAAAACAAACAUGAAGUCACUGAUAUAUUAGUUCAGGGGAUAUGUUGGGCAAUUAAAUGAGCACUUUGCUGGAAACCUCUAUACUGAGCUAUUCAGAGAAAAGCUUUGAUUACUGAUUAACUAGCAGUCGAGCUUAAACGAACUCAAAACUAGUGUACCAAGCUCGUUUCGACCCAUGAGGUGUUUUACCAAUUAUAUGAUACAGAACAAAACUGCAUUCAGCUAAUACCAAUUUUUUACAAUGAUUUAUAUUAGUUAUAUCUAUCACAUAGUUGUGUGUAUUUAUAUAAUUGAGAGGAGUAUACAUUAUAUUGCACGGUUCGGUACAAUCAGGGGUGGUACAAUUAAAGACUUUCCUAAAUAAACAAAAUGGCGGAAACGUCUGCAUAGAAAUUAGAGACCAAGCGCUGAAUAAAAUACUAACAAUGGUAUACAAAAUAUUAGAAGUCUGGAAAAGUUGGCUUUGACAAGUCACUGUGACGUUAUAGAAGACCAUGCCAGAAGACCUAUAUAGAUAGACGUUUCAGUAGACAGUAAAUGCAUUUGAUAAUGAGGAUUUUGAAGAUACAGUAAUAUAUAUAAUGAUGAUAUUAAUUUUUGAAAAUGUUGCUUAAUUGAACUCGCCCAGGGAACUCUUCCAAUUUUUGCAAAACUCCCAAACAUGCACGCAUAGCUCGUAACAAUAACCCGUAAUAGUACAAGCUAUCGCAUGGCUAUCUUUUCAAGGUUAUAUUUUCCAGGAAUUAACGUACUUCAGUUGCGACACUAUCAAUUCAGCGGUAUUGACUUUCCCGGUAUUUAUUAAUUGACCCGUGCAAACCCCUGUCGGUUUGUUUGAAAGCUGACUCCAAUACACCAUGGGCAAAGACAAACAUCCUGAAGGCAAAUACACGGGUCGGGUAUAAUAAUUUUAAUUAACGCUCCAGUAUUAUACUCUCGCGGUCAUACAUAGACAUAUAUAUAUUAAAUGUUCACGCAACAUCAGUGCCCGUCAAUCGACUCAACAACAUGAUAACGCAGAAGGUUGCCUGGCGCGCGUUAUGCGGAGUCCUCAUAAUCACCGCUUGGAUUAUUUGCUUUCUACCUACAUUAUUUUAUUUGAACCCGCGAGAGUUGCCAAAAAGCGAGAAUCCUGGUAACAUAAGUAUGCUAAAAAUCACCCCUUCGUUCCCAUGCAAUCCACCUCUGAUCCUCUCAAAACAAGCCGGAUAUUGCAAGCCUCCCUGCGACUGGUUGUCAUUCAGCGAAAAGGAACAACAAGGAAUGUCGAUAGCCGAUUGGAUUGCGGUUGUAUUUAGUACAACAUGCUUCUGCCUCGUGUUCACCACGUGGUUGAAACUACCAGAAUUUAUGAAAUUUCCACAUCUCCUAAUACUCUUAAUGGCUGGAAUGAGUGCUUUUAUAGGGAUACUGGUAAUCAUUCCUAAACUGAGAGAACGGUCAAAAUUGUUCUGCUCAAGCGAAUUUCUUGACGACGCCAUAAAGACUCCUACAACAUUUUGUGAAGCACAAGGUGCCUUAAUUCAGUAUGUCAGUUUUGUGAUCGGAGAGUUGUUCGUGAUCUACAAUGCGGUUUUGCUGAAGCGCCUUGUUAUCGACAAGCGCCCAAACGAAAGCCACAGCAGAACAUUCCUGGUAGUCUUGUCUCUAGUAGUAAUUGCACUUCCGAUAAUACCCGUCGUUUACGUGUUGAAAUUUGGCAGCAAUUACACUGUGGUUAAUUUACGAUAUUGCUUCCAAAAAAAUGCCGACGAAGGAUUUUACUCGUCUUUGUUGCCGCAACAGCUCUUCAUAAGUGUUGGAAUAACGUGCAUGAUGUUGGUGAUAUUCAAACUUAUCAAGGAAAGAAAAUCCAGUUUGAUAGGAUCUCCCAAUCAAGCGAGAAGACGUCAACUUCAGAUGCAAAAGAUCGCUUCCCAAUUCAUUAUGGUCAUAAUAUCAUAUAUCGUGUGUGUAUUUCUCACUUAUGGUCUGUUGUGUAUUCAACUCAGCAACAGAGAAGCAUACGAGAUGUCCUUGAAAAAAUAUUUCGGAUGCUUGUUCUUUAGUAACAACUGUCCAAGAGAUUUUCUUGAAUAUGAAACCUCCUAUGGGCUGGUAAUUGUAUUCUUGCUCUCUGGAAUCGUCUUUCAAGCUGGCACAUUAAUACUUCUUAUCGGAAAACAGAAGGUGAGGCGCCUCUGGCAAUCGUGGUGGUUCUCUCUGGUGGGAAUGUGUCGUCGUCCCUCAAGGAAACUGCCGAGCACAACAUCGUCGAUUGAAUUGCAACCUUCGACAAGCGAUUCCUCGCAAAAGAAAAUAUAAUCAGCAUUUUGCAUCAUUUGACUUGAAAGCGCAUAUCUAUACCUUUAAUUAUGACGACGUUGCUAAAUAAAAUCUAGCAACAAAAGAAUUGAGUGGUUACUCAGUGAAUCGAAAGAGCAUAAUCAUGCAGUGACGUUGAUUCCUCCCAUUGAGAACAUUCUUAACAAACUAUGAAUGGGGAAAAGACGGGCGUAACUCCUAAACAUACGAUAUCCUACCAUGCACGUCAGUUUUAAUAAAGCCUGGCUUCCACUUAGUCGUAGCUAAUUGUCGUGAACAUCUCAAGAUAGUUUAUUUAAUAGAAUAUUACAAUACUACAUCAUUCUCUGUAACAGCGAAAUAAGGAUGAUGUGUUCAAGACAAUUACAACAAAAUGGAGACUAUAGGCCCAUAUAAUUUAUAAAAAUGUGCAAAUUAAUAUAAUUAGGAUGCAGAGAAUCAGUGCUAAUUCAGAGAAUUGUAAUUGUUAGCUAGUGGACUAUUCCAUUUUAAAUAAACAAUUGACAAUAUGACGCAAAACAGGAAAUGUUGCAAUAAUACGCAGACGUAUUUUUUUAUACUUACGUUUGC